CUUUGGAAUAAACGUGACGGAUACAAUAAAUGGAUUCUUAAACUCCAACAACAAUAUGGUGAUGUUUUUGAAGUCUGGUUAAGUAAUAAACGCAAGAUUUAUUUGUGUCGUGCUGAAUACUUUGAUAAAUUACUUUCAUCAUCUACAAAAACUAAAUGGUCAUCUCCUUCUCGUGAAAACGUUGAACCUGAUGAAUUACUUGGCUAUCAAUGGCCAGCACGCUCCGAAUUUAUAAUGUUCUUUGAAGGUGGAAAUAAAAAUCCACAGUGUUGGAAAGAUCCAGAAGUCUUCAAUCCAGAUAGAUUUAUGAGAGAUGAUAAAGUAGUGAAAAGUAAUUUUAUAUUUUUUGGUAAAGGAAUUAGACAAUGUCCCGGUAAAAAAUUGGCAAUGAUUGAAAUGAAAGGAAUAAUUGCAAUGUUGUUUAGAAAGUAUGAUGUUACUUUGAUUAACGAAGAGUUACAUUAUAAAAGUAUGAUAUUUAAUUCCAUUAUUGAAGGAGUAUUCAUAAAAAUUACACCUAGGAAUGAUAUUAUACUUUGCUAA